AUGGCUGCUGACCAGGAGAUUAUCAUGCAGCAGCAGCGGGAGGAGCACGGCGGCGGCGGCGAGUCCAGCCGCAGGGACUACACCGACCCGCCGCCGCAGCCGGUGGUAGCCACGUCGGAGCUGCGGAGGUGGUCGCUGUACCGCGCGGCCAUCGCCGAGUUCGUGGCCACGCUGCUGUUCCUCUACGCAGCGGUGGCCACGGUCAUCGGGCACAAGCGCCAGACGGAGUCGGACGCGUCCGGCUGCGGCGGCGUGGGCGUCCUCGGCAUCGCGUGGGCCUUCGGCGGCAUGAUCUUCCUCCUCGUCUACUGCACCGCCGGGACCUCCGGCGGGCCCAUCAACCCCGCGGUGACGUUCGCGCUGCUCCUGGCGCGGAAGGUGUCGCUGCCCCGCGCCGCGCUCUACGUCGCCGCGCAGUGCUUCGGCGCCGUCUGCGGCGCGGGCCUCGCCAGGGCGGUCCACUCCUCGCCGCCGGGCGCCUUCGCGCGGCUCGGCGGCGGGGCGAACGUCGUGGGCAACGGGUACAGCAGGGGCACGGGGCUCGCCGCCGAGGCCGUGGGCACGUUCGUGCUCGUGUACACCGUCUUCUCGGCCACCGACGCGAAGCGCAGCGCGCGCGACAGCCACAUCCCGAUGCUUGCUCCCCUGCCGAUCGGUUUCGCGGUGUUCGUGGUGCACCUGGCCACCAUCCCCAUCACGGGCACGGGCAUCAACCCGGCGAGGAGCUUCGGCGCCGCCGUCGUCUACAACCAGGCCAGGGCAUGGCAUGAUCAGUGGAUCUUCAGGGUAGGGCCUCUCAUCGGGGCGGCCAUCGCCACGCUCUACCACGAGCACGUCCUGCGGGCAAGUGCUCUCAAGGCACUGGGCUCUUUUAAGGCUGGAUAGGCAUAACAAGUUCUUGGAUCUCGCGAUGAUCAGUCGUGCCUGGAGUGAAGAGCAUGUAUGUGUUCGGAGACAAUGCGCUCGGAUAAAGCAUCAUGAUCGCCUCCUUAAAAGUUGCACAAGGCAGUCUCUUCUCCCUGGCCCCCCUCUUGGAUCAUGCUCUAUAUGUACCAUUACUUCAGACUCUCAAGGUCUUCCGGUCUCCUUUGUUGGCGCUC